GUUCGAAAAAUAAAAGAUCAUGCGCAAUCCCCUCAAGGUGAGGGUGAGAGUAAUAUUCUGCCUCCUUGUGUUUUGUGCAGUGUCUUUGAAUGUUUGGUUGGCAACUGAAAGCUCAAAUAGAGGCUUUGGCAGCCAUUUCAUGCGAACGUUUUCUCCAAGUGAUUUGGCAGGAGGAAUGUUUGGCUUCAAAGCUGCUCAUGUAAAGCAAAAUAUACUCAAGAACAUUUCAAGACCUUUCCUCAGCAGAGAAACUCAAAAGACCUUGCAUCACGUGUUUGAGGACAAUGCAGAUGCACCACUCUUCGACGUUUUGGAAGAGACUGCUUUAUACAGGCUGAAAUGUAUAAUGGAGAAAACUGACCAACUGAAUACACAAGUAAAACGUGAUCAAAACCAAAUGAGCAUAUCGAGUUUUCCAGCCAAAUGUGAGAAAAGUUCAACUGCUGCAAAGCAACGACCUCUGAAGUCAAGCUACCCUGAAAGGAAUUUUCAGCGGUACUGUACAGAUAACGUGGUGCUAAAAAAGCCAGACUUUGUCACACUAGGCCAUAUUAAACCACAUAUCUUUCUAGGAAUUGGAAUAGCUACAGUGAGCAGACCUCAAGAGUCUUACUUGGAGCAAACUUUAACUGAACUCUUCUCGAAAGCUUCGGUUUCAGAAAUGGAGGACGUUGCGGUUAUAGUUUUUCUAGCCGAUCUAGACGAAAGAAAAGCGAAAGAACAGGUUAAAGCAAAAUUGAAGGCUUCGUUUUCAAGACAAAUUGACGCAGGGAUGUUAUUGGUAAUUGAAGCGCCUUCAGCGUUCUACCCACAACUCACGAAACUGAAACGGAACUUCAACGAUGAUCCGAAUCGAGUCUAUUGGCGCUCUAAGCAAUGCGUUGACUUUUCGUUCAUUUUCAGUUUUGCACACAAUAUUAGCAGGUUUUACCUACAUCUCGAAGAUGAUGUAAUAACGAAACACGGUUACGUCACAACAAUUAAAGAGACAGCUAAACAAAUGGGUACUUCGGCUUUCGAAAUUGAGUUCUCAGUGUUGGGAUUCAUAGCUAAAAUGUUCAGAAGUUCGAGUUUGUUGGAUAUGGCGGCGUUUCAUCUAUUUAAUUAUGAGGAGAUGCCAGUGGAUAUGCUACAGCCAGUGUAUAAUGCUCUGAUUUCACCUUUGAAACAUGAACCACUCACACAUUACCCUUCGCUUUUCCAGCAUAAAGGAAAGUCUUCUAGUCUGAAAGGCAAGAAACAAACUGCACAGGAUCCUUUCUUCGAUUCUCAUCGCAACUUCAUUUCCUGGAAACACAUUGAAAUAUCAGCCUUCUCUAACAUGCCUCCAUUUGGGCCCAGUCAUCCCGAAAACCCCUUAGGACUAGGCGCUGUUUUUGCCACAAAAGGACCGCCAAAGCUGAACGACUAUUAUACUAUUUACUUAUUCGAGGAGAAAGUCAUAGAGUACGUUUUAAUUGCGUCGGGCGAUGAAAAGCGACCUCAUGAAAAUGCAAUUGGAGCCGAAGUUUUCUACUCGUCGACUGUGGGCGAAAGAACGAGACGUCAAGCUUCGUGUGGAGCAACGUUUAAGCAGUUGGGCAAGUUUGAGCAGAGUGUUUUUGCGAUGAAUUUGACAGAGUUUGGCAAAAUUGGAUGCAUCAAAGUACAGUUUACAUCGCCUGUUCCGACUAGUAGAAAACGAGUGCUGGUUAUUUCCCAGGUGAAUAUCGCUUUGCCUGGAAUGGUCGCGUCGCAUUUCAGAGAAGGAAACAAAGAUCUUAGCAAUCUCGCGAACAGCGCUGCGGCUGUGCUUCACAAAGAAUACGAACAAUACGUGGCACGAGGAUAUAAAUACGCCUAGUGAUUUAAGUUCUAAUUUAUUCUUUUGAUAUAUUUUCUGAUCUGUAGUUUCAGUCACUCUUGAGUAUUUUAUUUCAUAGUUCUUGCUUAUUUUGUUGUUCUGCAGUAGUUUAGUAAUCUGGUUUGUAAAGUUAGAUUCUGAAACAUUCCAUUUAUCAAAUUCGUUUUGAAUAAUUUCACAACAAAUUGUAUUGCUUUAA